AUGUGUAGCUUGUUAAACAAGAAGAUAAAGACGGAGUUCAAGAAGGCGGCGAACGAUGUGCUGGCUGGCCACCUAAUGCUGUACGGUGACUUUAUGGACUUGACAUCAGACGAGCGCAAGUACCUUGAAGUCACUGACCGAGAAGAGUUGCAAGUGAUCUUGGACCGCUACCUAGAAGACUACAACUUGGCAACGACAGUACCUUUAGAUCUGGUGCUGUUCGACGACGCCAUCGCGCACUUAUGCCGCAUCUCACGAAUCAUGCGCCAGCCCAUGGCCAACGCGCUGCUACUUGGCAUGGGCGGCUCUGGUCGUCAGUCGCUAUCCCGCCUAGCUGCAUUCAUGGCGGAGCAUACGUGUAUGCAAAUAGAAAUAACAAAGGCGUACGGCAUGAGUGAGUGGCGUGAUGACCUAAAGAGCACCAUGAUGAAGGCUGGAGUGGAAAACCGCGGCAUCGUCUUUCUCUUCUCUGAUGCUCAGAUAAAAAUGGAAUCCUUCCUAGAAGAUCUAAACAACAUCUUGAGUUCGGGCGAUGUCCCCAACAUCUACGAGUUGGAAGACUUCGACAAGAUCUAUCAAGCGGUGAGGCAUGCUGUGAUGGAAAUGAAUCUUCCCGCCACAAAGAACAACUUGUUUUCUUGCUACCAGAGGAGAGUGCGCAGCAACUUGCAUAUUGUUGUCGUUAUGAGUCCUAUUGGUGAGAUAUUCCGGGCACGCCUGCGCCAGUUCCCGUCACUAGUGAACUGCUGCACUAUCGAUUGGUUCAGCGAGUGGCCCAAGACCGCGCUAGAGUCAGUCGCUGAACAUUUCUUCACCUAUAUGGAGGAUCUCGACACUUCCGACGAAAUCAUUAACUCUAUGGUGUCGGUGUGCUGCUACGUCCACGAGAGUGUCGUGAACGCAAGCAUUAAGUUCCUGCAGCAACUGAACCGGCUUAACUACGUAACGCCGAUGUCAUACAUGGAGAUGCUCGGGGCAUACAAGGACAUGUUCAAAAAGAAACAGACGGCUAUUCUUACGGAGUCCAAUGCGCUUACUACUG